UGACGCUGAAUGGAUUGGUUGUCAUUAUAAGAAAAUAUUUGUGAAGCCAUAGACGAAGAUUGACAAUGUGUUGUUAUGUGCGCAAUUACACAAACCCAAAAGAACAUAAUAAAUGUAAUACCAUAAAAUGGGUGUAGCGGGCAGGAUGAACUUAAAUUUGCUACACGACGCGGACGAUAGUAUUACAUACUAUGAUUUUGACAGUUCUGAGACUUCUAAGUUUAGUACCAAAAAUGCCAAAAGGUAAUCAUUAAGUUUAAAGUCCCAAUUCCUAUAAAUUUUACAUAUUUUAUUGAUAUUAUUGUCAUUACAAGAAUUUAAAUUAUGACUUUUAAUCUUAGUCAUAGUAUAUUUUAAUAAACAUUUAAAGUCUACGUCCAGUGUCGGAUCAUUCCUUUUCUAACAAUGUCUAAAUGUUUAGAAAUUCGAGAAAUGAUAUUUGCUUUUAUGCCAAAAGUAAUUUCUUCCCUAGAUUGUGUCUCAGAAUUGGAUCAGGCUUCUUACUCUGUAUUAGAAAGUUUUCUUCAAGGUAAAUCAUUAAAAUCUAGAGAUUCGAUUGUUAUAAUACAAGGUGUGAUUGAUUAUAUGUAUGAAAGUAUUAACAUAGGCAACUGGAAAGAUGUGAGAUUAUUUUUAAGGCAAACAAUAACUAUAGCAACCUACCUUAAACUGAUAGCACUUCUAGACAAUCAUUCUGAACUUACUGAUUCAGUUAUAAAGGAUUUAUUCGAAACAAUUGACUUUGGAAUUAUGUUUGGAAGUUUAAUUCCUAAUGAACCACAAUUACUACAAAAGUGUGCCUCAAUAUUAAAUCCAUUUAUUUCACAAAAUGACAUUUCUAUUGAAAAUGAUAAAUUAAACUGUAAAGACAGUAUAAGCCGUACAGUAAUCCCUGAAGGUGUUAUUAAUAUAGAUUUAAUUAAAUGUCCUAGUAUGGAAAGAUUUUAUACAGACUAUAUUAUGCAAGAGAAGCCUGUAAUUUUAGAAGAAUGUAUGACUCACUGGCCAGCUUUGUCAAAGUGGACUGACAGCAAUUAUUUCAUAAAACUAGCUGGUUUGCGAACCAUUUCUAUAGAGAUUGGCAAGGAAUAUACUGACUCUGAGUGGACACAAAAACUUAUAACUAUGAAAGAAUUUAUUGAAACAUAUAUUUACCAAAAUAAGGGUCCAACAGGUUAUCUAGCUCAGUAUCCAUUGUUUGCACAAAUUCCAGAACUACAUGAAGAUAUAAUAGAGCCCGAAUAUUGUAGUUUUGCAGAAACAGAUGAUAAUGUCAAUAUUAUGGCAUGGUAUGGACCAAAAGGUACUGUGUCUCCUUUGCAUCAUGAUCCAACCAAAAAUUUGCUGGCUCAAGUUGUAGGUGAAAAAAGAAUUUACCUAUUUUCUCCCAAGGACUCAGAAAAUUUAUAUCCUUAUGAAAGUGAACUUCUUGACAAUACAGCAAGAGUAGAUCCUAGGGAACCUGAUUUGAAUCAGUAUCCCAAAUACCAAAAUGCUAAACCCUAUUUUUGUGUAUUAAAACCUGGACAAAUGUUGUUCAUACCACCAAAAUGGUGGCACUUUGUUGAGUCACUUUCUAUUAGUUUUUCAGUCAGCUUUUGGUGGACAUAGCACAUCCAUUUUUGUUUGUAACAUGAAAAUACAGUGUAAACUCUAUAUAGUGACACUGAAGGAAUUGUCCAUUUUCUUGGAGAGUUGUUGUUAUAUGGAAAGACUUGUUAAAUAGUAUGUAUUACAGAGUUGCAAACAGAU